AUGAAAGUCAUCCAUCAACGGUCGACGGAGAAAUCUGUUCUUUUGCAACGACAUUCCUUUGGACACUAUCGUGUUUGUCUUGUCACUGAAAACGAUAUUGUUUCCCUUUUCUUUCUUGUAUUUUUUCUUUCUCCUUUUUCUUUCGUAUUCCCUGAUUUUUCUUUCUCCUUUUCUUUCUUUCUAAAUAUUGUUUCCCUUUUCUUUCUUGUAUCUUUUUUCUGCGUAUUCCCUUUCUUUCUUUCUUUCUUUCUUUCUUUCUUUCUUUCUUUCUUUCUAAAUAUUGUUUCCCUUUUCUUUCUUGUAUUUUUUCUUUCUCCUUUUUCUUCUGCGUAUUCCCUGAUCUUUCUUUUUUCUUUCUUUCUUUCUUUCUUUCUUUCUUUCUUUCUUUCUAAAUAUUGUUUCCCUUUUCUUUCUUGUAUUUUUUCUUUCUCCUUUUUCUUCUGCGUAUUCUCUGAUAUUUCUUUCUUUCUUUCGCUUUUCUUUCUUGUAGUCUUUCUUUUUCCCUCUUUUUGCUCCUACAUAUUCCCUGAUGUUUCUUUCUUUCUUUCUUUCUUUCUUUCUUUCUUUCUUUUACUUUAUAUUUCUCCCUUUUUUUUCUGCAUAUUCCCAAAUCUUUUUCCUUCCUUCCUUCUACAUAUUUAUUAA